GCAUGUCACUAUGUGUAACAUGUUUCCAGCUCUACGAUUUCCAAGAUAUUUUGAUAUUCUGGGAAUUAAUUAAAUUCUGUUGAAUUGUUGAACGUAUAAAAUAACAAAGUGCUAGAUAAAACAAGUUUAAUCCGCGUGGGAGGUGUAUUAUACUGGAAAUCUGAAGAAAAUGCAGAAUCGUAUUGUGGUAAGUACGUAUUCACUAAGCUAGUAUGUAUUUAGAGAGUAAGCCUUAAGGGUUCCAUCAAAAUUGCUUAAAUAUAGCAUAAUACAUAUCCGUCUUGAAAAUCCUGCCAAAAUGCCGCUUAGUAAAUUUUGUGGCAUCCGAAACGUUUCUUGACUACGUCCUGCUUUGAAAUUUCCUUCACCAUUUUUUGAUAAGCCUGAAGAUUACUUAAUUUUAAAGAAGUUACCUAUUUUACUAUUUAAUUAUUUGUUCUCAGGAUAGAAAUGCCCAGACUUCUGCGACUGAUUCCAUAAUCGCUCAUGCAACACAUGAGACUGUAAGAUUAAAUAAAACAAGCACAAAAAGUGUUGCAGCUGAAUCAAAUGUAACAUAUUCUGGAGGUAAAACAGUGUAAAAGAUUUUGGAAAAAAUAUUUACAGUAUCUACCUUGAGCUUAAGUAUUCUAUUUCAUUCUAUUCUAUUGCUUGAUAAUUUUUAACCAAUUAAUAAAAGCUGCACUGUCAGUUUUUACAGUCAAUAAUUUAUAAGUUUUUCAAAAAGUAAGGAUGAGUUCUACGUUCUACCAUGAAUAAGACAUCAGCGAAUUUUUAAUAAUUUUAUCAUGAUAUUCACCCAUCUUUGUAGAAUAGCCACAUAGGUACAAUUCAGAAUAGCCAAGAUAUUAGAUACGUACUGCUGAAAAAGCGCAGCUGGCGUACUUUAGCAGAAAAUGCUAAUGUUCUUGGGAUAUUCCGCCUCGGAACUCCGUACCUCUGCGGCUCAUAGUCAUUUAUGUAAAGAAGGCACUCAAAAACUUUUGCAGAUAUCCUAGAAAAAAAUUUGGACGAAAACCACACAAAUAAGCCAGAUUUUUCUACGCCUGUAAUUAAACGUUUCACUGAUUACCUGCAACCUCUUCACGGGAGAUCUGAAUUUGAACCUACGAACAUGUUCGAAUCGGAUAACGCAACCACGCGGCAUCCUAACUACACUAGUGAAACUUCAGACGAAUAUACACCUUCGCUUGCUUCUCCAUCGCAACAAAGCACAAUAGUAACCGAUUCAACAGUGUCAUCAAAUGACGCUCUUGCCACAAUAGUCCAAGAUCAGGACACUUCUGCGAUGAAGCAAAGCUCUCUGGGUGAGAUAGACUCAAAUGAAUCAAGUUUUACAGCAACUCAAUCACCGCUGGUUACAAAUUCAACAGAAACGAUUCAAGCCUUGGACAGCAUACAUGGUACGAUCAUACAACAUAAUCUGGAAUAUAGUACAGAAAAAUCAAACAUUUUGUACGGUACGGAUUCAGGUUCUUACUCAACGAUAGUUUCGGAUUCAACGAAAUGUAUUCAAGCACUCAAUGGCGCACCUGGUACACAUUUCAUACAAACAACCACAAAAAAAUACCUGGAGGAAGGCAUAGAAAAGUCAAAUGUUGAGAUGUAUGAAAGUUCCGCUACAAUUUACUCAAAGCUAGCAGGCGAUUCAACAGAAUGGAUACAGAAAUUGAAGGAUGUGCCUGAGUCUCCUUCCACGCCAACAUCCAUACAACAAAAUUUGGAUCGGAGUACGGAAAAAUCAAAAGUUUUACACGAGACUUAUCCAGGUGCUUCUAUAACUUACCCAAAACUACUAACGGAUUCCAAAGGCUGGAUUCAGAUGGUAAAGGGUGUUCCUGCUACAUCUUUUAUAUCGACAACCACACCACGUCUGGAGGAUGACAUGAAAACAAUAAAUGGUUUGGAUGAGAAAUAUUCAACAGAGAUUGGCUUUACUAAAAUGAAGCUGUACAAUCACUCAUCAAAUAAUAUGCCUGAUAAGUUUUCCAGUACCCCGGAUUAUCAAGGCAUACAUACUGAAAAACAGAAUGUUUUGGACGAAAUUAAUUCAGACACACCUCAUCCUUCAAAUCGAUCAAGAGAAUUUCCAGAAUUAACAAAAUCUGCUAACAGCUCGUCCAGCAAAUUUUUCACUGCCGAAACACCAGUUUUUUUUGAAAAAACAUCCCCAGUAGUACCAAGUUCUAGUAUAAGUAGAUCGAAGAUGUUUGUGCAGUCUGGAGCUUCAAAUGAAUUACAGAAUAUCUCUAUGACUACAACUAUCUUUGGAUCCGAGGAAAAACUGAGUGAUACUUACACCAGAACUAGAACGAAAGCUCAACCAAUAAUCAGAGAACCCACGGAGGAAAAUACAACUUUUAUUACACCACAGAACGUAACCACAUCACCAUAUCGCGAAAGCAAAAUCACAUUUUCGAGUAUUGUUGAACUACUGAGUGUAACAGGGUCGUUGUUGCCAUUAACCGCAAGUUUGGAAGAUAAAAAUCAGACCAAAGUAAGCACCCCAGACGUUAGAGACGUUGCGAUUACUCAGACUACUUUAUCAAAUAAUGACAGAAAACUUGAUUUAGAAUCAUUCAACAAGUUGGACGGUGAUAUAUGCGAUAGUCACAUCUGCAAAAGAGCUGCAUCCAAGGCCCUUUACCAAAUUAAUUUUGAUGCUGAUGUGUGUAAAAAUCCUUAUGCUUACUUCUGCGAUGGAGGAAAAGUCAAAAAAUGGGAUUUCCUAAGUAUCGUCUUCAAGCAUAUAAUUAGUUUUAUUGAAAAAAUUGAUGAAAACUCAGCGACAUAUUUUCAAGUGUUUGGCAAGACUUUCGACAUGUGCAACAAGAUCAGUUCAAUGAAUGUAUUUGAACAAGUGAAAAUAGAUGAUGAUACGUUUCCAAAAGAUUACAAAGACGCUAUUGGUGAGUUGCUGCUGACAAAGUCUCUACCUCUGUUUGACAUGAAUGUAGAUCCAAUAGGAAAUUUGUUCCAAAUCCAGAUAUCGCCUCCAUCAUUGAAACUCCAAACAUCGCAGUCUACAUUCAGAUGGUCUUUGUUAGACCACAUAAGGAGCAGCUGUAUGAAUGAGAUUACCCAAACACUAAACGCAACCAUCGAUAUGAAAGUGAUCAAAAAUAAAUCUAAAGAGUGUUGCAAGAAAAAACUAUUAUCCUACAUCCAAAAGUAUGUUGCAACGAUCGAUCAAAGUAGCACGCGGGAUCUUCAAACCAUAAUCCUAAAAGUAUAUGAUCGAUGGAUAGAGAAAUAUUUCUUUGAGACUCAUGAAGAUUCAGAAAAUAAUUUUGUCAAUAUGACUAUGGAAGACUUCUGUGAUAGUAAAGACUAUAACUUGGGAGUAGAUUGGCGUCAUUUGUUUUCGAUGAUGGGAAUACCAUAUAAUGAAACUAUCUUGAUUAGAAUAUACUAUCCGAAGGAAGUGAAAAUGGUAAUAAGUGAGGUCAAGAGCAAUAAACGGAAAAUAAUUGACAUUUUGAGAUUAUGGUAUCGCAUUCAAGCAUACAGUAAUAUGGCACAAAUAAUUAACAGAAAUAAUGCAAGAUCUUGCCUAGAACUCGUCACUGAGCUCAUGCCUGAAGUAACUACCAUUAUACUGCAACAAGUGGUUGAUGAAUCGAUGUACAAAGAUUCCCUAUCAACUGUAAAAACGCUGUUCGAUAACCUGCAUAAGGUAUCUUCAAAGUUAUUGUUGAAGAUUAACGUAGGAAGGAAAUCUUACAAUCUAUUUGAAGAUGAGUUGGAUACGGUGAAGCUAAUGCCAUAUAAGAAGAUGGCACUAAAACAAAACUACGAUCAUCUAAAAGUAGAAAACACUUUUUAUGGUACCAUCAUGGCAUUGCUAAAGCACAAAAGAAAGUUGAUGUUUCGGAUAGCAGGUGAAAAACUGUCAGAUGAAUUUUUGCUUAAAUACUACGUGAAUCCAUUUGACAGUGGCCUACAUACAUUUCAUCAAUACAAAACUAUUGUCUUUCAGCCCGGCUUCUUGUAUAGAGCGCGGGAACUGGAACCUUUGCCUCGCCCGAUCUACUUAUCAAAGUUAGGAUUCAUCUUAACUGAAGCCCUUGCAAAACUAUAUGUAAACGUGGACAAACAAAGAUUGAAAACAAAUAAACCUGACGAGUAUCGAUAUCUUUUUGAGCGUGAUGAGUAUAUAAUCCGUUCUUUGAACUUGCAAGAGAAUGUCGUGGAAGUGGACAAAGUAGCUUUUGAGCUCAUAGCGCACCAAAUGUUCAACGAAUCUAGAGAAGUAGAGAAGAUGAUUUGGUUGAAUGAUACUUUUUCAAACAGCCAAGCAUUUAUCAGCACCACUAUGCAAGAAUUUUGUGACUGGUCGACGGUAGCCGAUGUAACCAAGGAACUUUAUGAUAAUCAAAUACCCAACAGUUUUAGAGUCAAGAACAUGAUGAUGAGUUCGAAAUUUUCAUUAGAAAGUUAUAAUUGUCAGUAAUUGACUGACGGAAAACUGUUAUUUUAGUUGAGAUUUGUUAUAUCUUUUACGCAUUGUUCCUUUCAACAUUAGAUAAAAUUUAUUCUUGAACAUUGUAAGAUCAACCGAAAGAAAUAUGUUUCCUCAGAUAUAUUAUGUUCUUUUUCUAAUAUCCUUAUUUCCUCGGCCUCUUCAUUACUUUUUAUCGGUGAAAAAAUUGGGGUACUACCACCAUUUUUUGAAAGUAGAUCAUAACCCCACAAAUUUAUCCAAAAUUUAGACAGCAGUCAUUUUGGAAUGGUAUCUGACCGUUGAAUGGUGAUAGACCAACGUUC